ACCUGUCAUUUCAUUUGUGUUGUGAUUUCCGUCCGGACCUCAGUACACCGAUCGCGAACUCCGUUUAAUUUAUUUUUACAUGUUACCCUGAGAAACAAAUCGGUUAAUUUUCGUUCGCCGACGUUUUACGUUCGUAUUAUGGACGAUAAAACGUCCCUCAAGGAACUAGACCAAUGGAUUGAGCAGCUGAACGAGUGCAAACAGUUGACCGAGAGCCAAGUGAAGUUCCUGUGCGACAAGGCAAAAGAAAUUUUGACUAAAGAGUCUAAUGUACAAGAAGUAAAAUGUCCGGUGACAGUAUGCGGGGAUGUGCACGGACAGUUCCACGACCUAAUGGAACUGUUUCGAAUAGGUGGAAAGUCCCCAGAUACAAAUUACCUGUUCAUGGGAGAUUAUGUUGAUCGUGGUUACUAUUCUGUCGAAACUGUUACAUUAUUGGUUGCAUUAAAGGUACGAUACCGUGAAAGAAUAACAAUUCUUAGAGGUAAUCAUGAAAGUCGACAGAUUACACAAGUGUAUGGCUUCUAUGACGAAUGCUUACGAAAGUAUGGUAAUGCGAACGUAUGGAAGUUUUUUACCGACCUGUUUGACUAUCUCCCAUUGACUGCACUUGUUGACGAACAGAUUUUCUGUCUUCACGGUGGGCUGUCUCCAUCCAUUGACACGCUAGAUCAUAUUAGAGCAUUAGAUCGUAUGCAAGAAGUCCCUCAUGAAGGUCCCAUGUGUGAUCUAUUAUGGUCAGACCCUGAUGAUCGUAUUGGUUGGGGUAUAUCACCUAGAGGGGCCGGUUAUACGUUCGGUCAAGAUAUUUCAGAAACAUUCAAUCAUUCGAAUGGUCUGACACUUGUUUCCAGAGCUCAUCAACUUGUGAUGGAAGGUUAUAACUGGUGUCAUGAUCGUAAUGUAGUGACAAUAUUUUCGGCCCCUAAUUAUUGUUAUCGGUGUGGUAACCAAGCAGCUAUUAUGGAACUAGACGACGGCUUAAAAUACUCAUUUUUGCAAUUCGAUCCAGCCCCAAGACGCGGCGAACCACACGUCACCCGUAGGACACCAGAUUAUUUCUUAUAAGCUAACAACACCAACUGUGUCUGGUAUCAGCCUACUUUACGGCCCGGAUUGAGCCGGCGGGCACUGGGCAAAACCCGGUGGGCCAUUAAAAAUGCGAAAGAUUUGGGCCGGCCUAGACGGACAACACGGUAAGUAUUAAUCCAAUGCUGUAUAAAUGUGUAUGCCAUUAUGUAGUACAAUUGUACGAGUUAUUUAAUAUCAAAAAUCAAGAUAUUUAAAUAUCCAAAGAAAAUGCUACCAAUUUUUGUUUUUAUACGAUACAUUAAGGUACCUAUGUCGAUUUAUGGGUAAACGGACAUUUGGUCCCCGGUCAAUAGGUAUAAUAGUCAAUCUCACUAAUCCCAGACAGUAUUUUAUAAUGAUAAUAUUGUAAUAUUAUUAUAAUAACUUUAUACUAAUCUUAUUCGUUGUUAGAAAUUAUAAUGUUAUAAUAAUAUUUUUAUACAACAAAAGUUAUGUCAAUAAGAUUGAGACUGGAUUAUAAACUUUUAAGUAUAACACUAUACUAGCAUUACAGUACUAACUAUUUUUAGUAAACUGUAAUAAAAUAUUUCCCUUGAUUAAUAAUAAUCUUUUAUUACCGACUGACCGAUCAUCAGUUAUUGCUGUACAUCCGUCUAGUUUGUACUAGUAUACUAAUAAUGGAAAUAUAGAAUCUUUUAAAACCAGCCACGGAAAAAUAAAAUUGGGAUACCAAAAUGUUUUAUUUGUUUUUCAAAAACAUGUUAAAAAGGGUAAAUGUUGAGUGUGUGUUCACAAAAAAGUAUGCAACGGUAGUAUUACUACCGAUAAUGAUUUAAAGCGUGUAAUUAAAUCUGAGAUACGUAAUCAUGAAACUAACUAAUCCGGGUGUUUUGGAAGCGGAACGAGCCACUUGCAAAAUGAAACAAGACGCUCAAGAAAAUUUAAAUUUACCAUCUAGAAUUUAUGCCAAAAAUGUAACGAAUUUAUCUGAAGAAGGUAGGAAAAAAAUACCUAUUGAAAAUAAUUUAAAACGAUCUUUACGACGAAUUCGUAGUAAUAAUUACCCAAAGAUAAAAUCAAUAAAUGAAUUAAACUUGGACAAUUCAAAAUGGGCCACUACUGGCGGAAAAGAUCCACAGCAAUUUCUUCUUUAUGACAAUAAAAAUAAUAAGAAUAGAAUUUUAGUUUUUGCUUCACAGCUAUGUUUAAAAUCUUUAUCAUUAUCAAAACAUAUAUUUAUGGAUGGCACUUUUGCAACCUGCCCACAAGGUUUCAUUCAAGUAUAAUAUGUUAUUCAUGCUCAAAUAGGGAAAAACAGUUUACCGAUAGUGUACGUAUUACUGCAAAAAAAAAA